AUGGCAUCGGGAGAAUUGUCGAGAACGUCUAACGUUAUCGACGGCAUUCGCAAAAUAAACGACUCUGCAUGGCAGAAAAAUGAGCGCGAGAAGAUGACAGGCAUCGCCGACACGAUAUGGGGCAGGCUAGGCGACGCGGAAGGGAAAAGGAAGCGAGACGAAAGCCUGGAGGGAUACUUGAGCUAUUGCGAAAGAGAGGUGGAAUUUGCACGCAGGGGCACACUCACGGCACGCGAAGAUCUGAUGGAGGCAAUCGAGUGCCUGAAAUCACGCCCCAGCGAGGCCAGAGCCAAUCUCAAAGAGGGCAGGAGCGAGCCGCUUCCACUUCCUCUAGCGGUCCGGUUGAUGUAUGGGACGGCCUGCCUGUCGCUUGGCACCGUGGGGGGCGACAUCUUUCGCCCGAUCUGGAAGGAGUCGAAGACGCUGGCGAAAUACAUAGAACGCGUCUACCCGCGCUCGACAGAUGCUGUCCUGGACUCCAGAAGCGUCCGAGUGCAUAAGCUGUCGAUGAGCUAUCUGGCGUCGUUCGCCACUGUCGAUUUAAGGUGGACGAACCAGCUUACCGAUCACCUUAUCUUGCUUAAGGGCGACGGCUGGAAGUCGCUCUACCUCUUCCGCCAUCCCGCUUUUCUUCGACACUCGCUCCAGACUCUUGGCAACAACAACCCCGAUCUAGAGCAAUCUACGGCCGAGGCACUCUCACUCGGCUGCCUUCCCCCGGGACUGCUCCGAGAAACCCUCAUGACGUACGACCUGCUCUUUCCUAGAGCGGGAGACAGCCAGUCACGGUCCAUCCUCGAACGGGAAGUUGCGCGCCACCAACUAGACCCCUCCUUCCUUGAGCCAUCACGCCUCCAAGCGGAGCACCACAACAACUACCGAGACGCCUUGGACUCAGCUGAUGUGAGGAGCCUGUAUGAAAAGUACCCCUACUGGGGCGACCGCCUAUACGAUCUCUGGAAGGAAGCUGACGACCCGACGCCCGUGACGGCAGUCGAGCGCUGGUCCGAGGCGAGAAGAAACCCCCGCUUUACCUACUGGUGCACCGUUGUCUCGGUCAGCAUUGCCAUCGCCUUUGGAAUGGCUGCGACGGCAUUGGGUGCCAUCCAGGUUUGGAUCUCUUACUGCGGCUGGGUCGAUGAUCCCACAAAGCCUCUGUGCCGCACGUAG